CCCUUUCUUUGUUUUCUCUUUUCUCCUCUUCUCAGUUUAGAGUUGGAAGCCAUCUUUUGAAAGCAUGGAGGAUUCGUUGAUGAGAAUCUCCACGGAAUAUGCAUCCGAUGAUUUUGACGAAGCUGCCUACAUUGAAAUGGAUCCUACACUUUCUCCUUCAAAGAGUUUCUCUAACGUUAAUCCACAAGAUUUGAUCAGUUUUAAUUUUCCAACAUCAGCUGAGUCUUCAUUAACACUUGUUCAUGCUGAUGAACUCAUAUCUAAAGGCUCAUCCCCUCUGCCUCUUCUCAUCAAUCCAAUGAAAAUGGAGAGUACUAAUUACUAUCCUUUAAAAACCAAACAACAAGUGCACAGAGUUCUCUGUAUAUCAUUUAGGAGAUUUGGAAGAUUGUUCGAUUUUCUGAAGCCUUUGUGCCAAAAAAUAAGAUGUGGUUUUGGGUGCAAAAGUGGAACUAGUACAAGUACAAUAGAGGGAGUGAAGAUUUAUUGUUCACAGGGGACAUCUCCAAGGACAAGCUUAACUUAUUCUGUUGAUGAUUGGCGCAGGUCUUGUGAUUCUGAGACCUCCAUUUAUGAGGCUGUUCUUCAUUGCAAAAGAACUAUGGGUGAGUAAUUAGGCGAGGCUUUAGUACAAAGAAUAAAAUACAAAGUUGUAGUAAAUGAUAUUGGUGAUAGAAUAAAGAAAAACAAGAAUUUUCUUGGCAAGAAAGUAGAAGCCAAGAGAAAUUCUUGGAAGUUCUGAGGAGACAAGAAUUUUCAUGACUCAUAUUGUUUGUCCUUAAUUUUCCUUUUCUCUCGAGGAAGAAUCACUUUCCAACU